AUGUCUUUUAUAUUUAAAGAUUAUUUUUUAGUCAAUUUAUGCUCUUGUCUUAUUGAUAAAAUUGAAUAUUUUAAAUAUUCUUUAAAGAUUUUAUCAUUAUCAAAUAAUAGAAGACGAUUUGGUUUUUUUACUAACGAUCGAAUCAAUCACUUAACGAAAGGCAAAGAUGCUUAUGCUUAUCAUCUAUCUGAUGCUAAAAAACGUUCGAUUGAAACAGAACCCCGUCUUUUCAGCAUCCUCACCGAUUUUUAUGCUCAAGUUGUCUAUCCACCACUUAAUCAUAUUGUCCAAAAUAUGGCUCUAUUAAGUGCACAAGUUUUAGCUGGUAUUGCUCAAACAGGUAUUCCUGCUCCUGGUGGUCGCACAAUUCAUUUAUCUAAUGUUGAACUUCGAGAUUUCAUUGAUGAUUUAUGGAACAAUGCAGUAAAACCACCUCUUCAAAAUGCUAUUCAAGGACUUUCUCUGAUGGCUGCUCAAGCUCUUGCCGGUAUUGGUGUUAAUGGUAUUAACUUGUCAAAUCUCUUUGUUCUUGCUGGUAUUGGUACCAAUGGUGUUAACUUGUCAAGUCUCUUUGGUAAACGUGAUUUGAGUGAACUUGCUAGUCGACAAGCAGAAAUUCGUGGUUUCUUUGAUACAUUGGGCAAUGGUCUUCUUAAUGGUUUACAAAGUGUUUGGACAAAUAUAGUUCAAGGUCCAAUUGAACAAGCUCUUCAAAGUGGUGCUCUUAUGGCCGCUCAAGUACUCGCUGGUAUUGGUACAAAUGGUAUUGAUCUUGGUAAACGUCAAUUGAAUAAUGAUGCUCGUGGACCAAUCAUCGAUGAUCUUGUUGGACAUGCUACUGGUCUCUAUACAAAUCAAGUAAAACCUGUUGUUGAAAAUGCACUUAAUAGUGCUAUUCUUCAUCUUGCUGGUAUUUUAGCCAACUUCUCCCAAAGCGGAAUUGGUCGACGUUAA